AUGCCAGCAGAUCUGAAGGAGCAUCUUGAUUCCUUGGAGGGAGCAAGCAUGGCUGAAGCCCCCCUGAAGGAAGUCCAGCAGUGGCCUCUACUCUUGACUUCUCCCCCAGAGAUUCUUGGAGAGAUCCUGAGUGAGCAGUUUGGCCCCCUGCCCUUCAUGGCGCCCAUUACCCGAAUGAAGAGGAAGCCCUCCGGCUACUACUUUUCCACUGAGAACCGGGAGCAGGUCCUGGGCAGGAGGCAUGCUGCUAAUGCAAAAGAAAGAGAGAGGAUAAAGAACUUGAACAGUGGUUUUUCCAAGCUCAAGUCUCUUGUGCCACUGAUCCCAAAAGACCGGAAGCCUAGUAAAGUUGACAUGCUUAAAGCAGCUGCCGAGUACAUUCGCCUGUUGCACUUGAUUUUGGAGGAAACGGCAGGACGUGAGGUUGUGGCAAAGGAGGAGAAUGAAGAUGCAACUGCUGGGGCUUUCUUGGCUGGUUCAGCAGGGGCGAAAAUCUUACUGACGCUCCCUUGA